UACGCACCCCGGGCAACUCUUAGCGGAUCUGACCUCCAGAACCAACCAAGCCAACGCCGUCUGAGAAGAGAGAGCAGACAGACAAUCAGUGAUUCGAAACAAUCAUCGGCCCUGGAGUUUAUGGCACAACACACCUCUGAAACGGAAGAAAGUGGCUGAAAUCCCAGCUAGUAUGAUUGAGAUUCAUGUUUACUUUUCCCCCUAUCUUCACCGCCUCAGGGGCAACUGGCACCUCAAGAUGAUGGCAAAAGAGAAGCAUAUGAGACAAGAAACCGACUACACUCUACGGAAUUAUCUCCCACCAGCACUAUCACCGACUAGCGAAGACAUAAACACAAGCAACGGGCGCAGAAAUAAGGAUGUCAGCCGACACAGCCCGGUGGCGAAAAGAAACGAAUCCAAAGCACCAUACUCUUCCAAGUCACCUUCCCCCCCCCCUCCCCCCCCGGGGGCCCAUCGAAACGCACCAAGCAAACAAACCUUGGUAUUUCAGCCAUCCAAAAACACAAAACUGGUCAGAGAGGGAAGACGACAGGACAGCCCGAGGCAAAAAGAAAUAGGCAAACAACCAAGAACGCCAUUUCUCCAACGCAACAAACCCAGAAAACAACUGCACCAUAUCUCAUUCCUCUCCCUCUUCGGCCCACACACCCAUCAUUUCCCCAAUGACUGACUGACUGACUGACUGACCGAUCGACUGACUUGAGUGGGUAUCCUGCAAUGUGUUUGUUGUCUCGGGCAACGCAGCGUAUUUCAGCAAGACAUCCCUGUCCCUCUUGAAUAUCACAACGCCGAUUCAUCCAGACCAAAAACUCGGUGUGGCAUACCUGCCUCCGCAAAAUGAGCAAGCGAUCAGCCAUUCCACGUCCUCCAAGAG